UGUAGUCGUACCGGGCGUAUUAAUUUAUAUUUUGCCCCAAAAUUAAAAUUUCAAAAUAAUAAAAAUGAAUUUUAAAAAAUAUUUCAUGUUAAUUUUUCAAAUAACAUUAUUAAAUCAAAUUACAAUAGCAAUUGAUGUUUAUAAAGUUUGUUCGGGUGAUGGAACCAAAGAAAUAUGCACACAAAUGUCCCGGGGUAAUUCUGAAGUCAAUUGUAUAUGGGUCCAAGAUAGUAUAGAAUGUGCUCAAAGAAUUCGAAAUAAAACAGCAGAUUUUGGUAUGUUCUCAGCUGAAAGUAUUUUACAAUUAGCUGUAUUAAAUUGGCCAGAAUUAUCAAUAGUACAACCCUUUGCACAUAAGGAAAGACAAAGUGAAUUUUCAGAUUUUGAAUCUGUUGUUAUUGUUCGGAAAAAUCAUAAAGACGGUUUCAGUGGAUUAAAAGGAAAAAAAUAUUGUCAUCCAGGUUUUAAUUAUAAUCCAAAUGAAAAAUGGUCUGAACGUUUCCUAAAACAAUUUGAACGUACUGUUGUUAUACCAAAAUGUAAAAAAGAUAUAUCUGCAAUUGAAUUAGAAAUAGCUGCUCUAAGUGAAUUUUUUGGUAAUACAUGUCGUCCCGGCAUUUGGUCUCAUGAUGAAAAUCAAGAUAAAGAACUUAAAAACAAAUAUUCUUCUUUAUGUGAACUUUGUCCUAAUAAAAAAGAUUGCCGCUAUGCAGAUGAGCUAGAAUUUGAAAAAAAUCACGAAUAUGCAUUGAAAUGUUUAAAAGAUGGUGGUGAUAUUGCUUAUGUAUCUUUAGAAGCUGCUCAAAUUUUUUUUAAUUCAACUAAGGACAAAAAUAUCGAUGAAUUCCAAUAUUUAUGUGUAGAUGGCAAUACAGUAUCAGCAAUUAAAAAUGCAUAUCCUUGUACAUGGUUACGUCAGCCGUGGAAAUCUAUUAUAGCUAGAUCUGAAAUUGAUGCAGAAAUUUACAAAAAAUUAAGUCAAUGGAUACAAAAAGGAUUGGAUGGUGUUAGUUGGGAAUCUGAUCUAAGAAAAGUGUUAAAAAUUGAAAAAUUUGUUCCAGUGACCAAUUUUAAUAUUCAAAGUCCCAAACAUUAUAUUGAAUCCUACCGUCCUGUACCAACAGAAGAAACAUUCUGUAAUAUUGUUAUUUCUUGGUGUACAACAUCUCUUAUUGAACAAGAAAAAUGUAUUAUUUCACGUGCUGGAGGAAUUAGUACUGGAAUUUAUCCACAAAUAAAAUGUCGUACACCGGUUCAUACACCAAUUCAAUGUUUAGAAGAUAUUAGUCGGAAUAAUGCUGAUUUUAUGGGAAUUGAUUCAAAUUACGGAUGGUUAGCACGUUCUAGAUUUAAUUUAACAUCAGUUUUAUUCUUUGAUACUGAAGUCGAUCAAUUCUCGACAAUUGUUGUUGUUAUUAAAGAAAAAUCUAAUAUCAAAAGUUUUGAAGAUUUACGUGGUAAAAAAAUUUGUCUUCCCGAGUAUGGUUCUAGUACAGGUGUUGCAUUAAUAAAUGAAUUAAAAGAUAUGAAAAUUUUUGAUAAAGAAGCUUGUAAUUAUGGUUUUAUGUUGAAAAAUUUCUUUGGUGAUUCUUGUCUACCAGGUGCUCAAAAUUGGAAAUAUAUCGAAACGCAAAAUACAUCAUUUACAUCAUUAUGUAAACUUUGUCAUCAAAGUGGUGAUAAAGGUUAUGGAGGUGGUGAUUUAGCUGUUUCAAUUAAUACACAAACAAGUAAUAUUGGUACUAGAACAUCUUUUGAACCAGCAUGGAAAAAAGCUAAAUUUACAAAUUGUGAAGCUGAUAUUGGAAAUAGAUAUUUUGGUAAUCGUGGUGGUUUAAAAUGUUUACGUGAACUUGGAGAUGUAGCCGUAUUAGAAUUACAAUCACUUAAAGUACAUGCUGAAGAAGUCGAAAUUGAUGAACAUGAAUUUAGAAUUUUAUGUAAAAAUAAUAGUUUAGCUAUAGAACCCGGUUUUGACGUUGAUUUAAAUUGUGCUUUAACAAGAGUUGUUGAUGGUGAAAUUGUAAUGUAUAGAAAAUCAACAAAAAUUUCAUCAGUUGUACAUGUACUUCAAGCAUUAGAACAUUAUUUUAUUAGAAAAAAUGAUCCAAGUUUUAAAAUUUAUAACAUUUAUAAAAGUGAAAGAAAUUUAUUGUUUAAGGAUUCUACAAUUGGUUUAACACAUCCGGAUUCAUUAAAUCAAGGACGUAUGGUGGAAAAUUAUAAAAAAUUAUUUAGGGAUAUUGAAAAAUGUGCCGGUAAUCCAGAUAUGAGAGUAUACAAAGUUUGUUCAGGAGAUGGAAGCAAAGAAAUAUGCACCCAAAUGUCACGUGGUGAUAGUAAAGUCAAUUGCGUAUGGGUCCAGGAUAGUAUUGAAUGUGCACGAAGAAUUCAAAAUAAAACAGCCGAUUUCGGAAUGUUUUCCGCUGAAAGUAUUUUACAAUUAGCUGUAUUAGAGAUGCCAGAAUUAUCUGUGGUACAAUCAUUUGCACAUAAGGAACGUCGUAACGCGGUUUCUGAUUUUGAAUCAGUUGUGAUUGUACGACAAACUCAUCAGAAUGGUUUAGAUGGAUUAAAAGGUAAAAAAUAUUGUCAUCCAGGUUUUGAUUAUAAUCCAAACGAAAAGUGGUCUGAACGUUUUUUCAAACAUUUCGAACGUUCAGUUGUUACACCAAAAUGUGAAAAAAAUAAAUCACCAUCUGAAUUAGAAGUAGCAGCAUUAAGUCAAUUUUUCGGUGACUCAUGUCGUCCUGGUAUUUGGUCAUAUGAUCAAAAUGAGGAUAAAGAACUAAAGAAACAAUAUCCAUCCCUAUGUAAAUUAUGCCCAAAUAAAAAGGAAUGCAAAUAUAGUGAUAAACCUGAACUGGAUCAGAAUCAUCAAAAUGCACUAAAAUGUUUAAAAGAUGCUGGUGACGUUGCCUACGUAUCCUUACAAGAAGCACAACUAUUUUUUAAUACUACAGCAGAUGUCAAUCCUGAUGAUUACCGUUAUUUAUGCGCUGAUGGAAACACAGCUCUUAUUACACAAAGCGGACAUCCCUGCACUUGGUUACGUCAACCAUGGAAAGCUGUUAUUGCGAGAUCUGAUAUUGAUUGGGAUAUCCAGAAAAAAUUAGCCCAAUGGAUGCAAAAAGGAUUAGAAGGGAUAAGUUGGGAAUCAGCCUUAAGAAAAGUUUUGAAAGUUGAAGAAUUCGUAAAAACUGACUGGACUAAAAUUCAAAGUCCUAAGGACUAUAUAAUACCAUAUCGACCAGUUCCAAUUGAUGACACAUUUUGCAAUAUGCAUAUUUCUUGGUGUACAGUAUCAGAUGUUGAAUACAGAAAAUGUCUCAUAGCAAGAGCUGGUGGUAUUAGUACUGGAAUAUAUCCACAAAUCAAAUGUAGAUCGCCAGUUAAUGGACCUGUACAAUGCUUAGAAGAUAUAAGUCGUAACGAUACUGAUUUUAUGGGAAUCGAUUCAAAUUAUGGGUGGUUAGCUCGUUCAAAUUAUAACCUUACUGCGGCAUUAUUUUUUGAUACUGAAAAUGAUCAAUUUUCAUCCAUUGUUAUUGUUAUUAAGGAGAACGGCGAUAUCAAAAAUUUUGCGGAUUUAAAAUCAAAAAAAGUUUGUCUUCCUGAAUAUGGUUCAAGUACGGCAGUCUCAUUAAUUAACGAAUUAAAAGAUAAAAAAAUUUUCGAUAAAAAUAAUUGUAAUUAUGGAAAAAUGUUGAAAGAUCAUUUUGGAGAAUCAUGUUUGCCAGGCGCUCAAGAUUGGAAAUAUGUUAAAACAAAUGAUGAAUCAUUAACAACUUUGUGUAGUUUGUGCUUUAAAGGUGGCAAUUCUGGUAAUGAAGGAAACAAUGGUCUCGGUGUUUCAAUAAAUACUAAUGAAAGUGGUAAUGAGACUUCAUUGGAACCAUCUUGGAAAACUGCAACAAUAUCAAGUUGUGCUGCAAAUGGUAGCAAUCGUUAUUUCGGUAAUCGGGGAGCUUUAAAAUGCCUAAAUGAGGUAGGAGAUUUUGCAGUUUUGGAAUUGCAAUCCCUUAAAGUGCAUGCAGAAGAAGUUGAAAUAGAUGCAAAUCGAUUUAAAGCUUUAUGUAGAAACAAUAGUUUAAGUAAAGAAAAUGGAUUUGAUAUUGAUUUAGAUUGUGCUUUAACAACAAUUGUUGAUGGUGAAAUCGUAAUGUACAGAAAAUCACCUAAAACUUCAUCAGUUGUACAUGUACUUCAAGCGUUAGAACAUUACUUUAUUAGAAAGAAUAAUCCCAGUUUUAAAAUAUACAAUAUUUAUGAAGGACAAAGGAAUAUUUUGUUCAAGGAUUCUACAAUUGGUUUAACUCAUCCGGAUUCACCAAAUCAAGCACGUACGGUAGAAAACUAUAAAAAAUUGUUUAAGGAUGUUGAAAAAUGUUCGGGCAAUUCAGCAGUAACUAUAUAUAUUAAUGCUUUGUCUUCCACUUUUAUAGUUUUGUUUGCAUAUUUUUUAAGUCAAUAAUUUUUAUUUAAAAAUGAAUAAAAUUUUUUUCUAGUAUUCAAAUUUAGAAAUAUACAUACAUUUUACAAAAUAUAUACAUACAAUGUAUAUUACACGACAAUAUAGAAUUUAAGAUUAUGGUACCAUGUAAUUUAUGCUCAUUUAAUUUGGAGCUUUACCGACAACACCUUACCUUAUUUUUUUUUUAUAUUCAACUAAAAAAAUGAAUGAAAUAAUAAAGUUAGUAAAAAUUUUAAAUUAAUGUA